AUGGAUCAGCUGUCAGAUCAAGAAAUAAUGAAGCCAAUAGUUCACGUUGAUAAUAGUAAUAACGACAACAAUCAAGAAAAAAAUAAUGAUAUUGAAGAAUUAUCACAAAUUGAAGGUGAAAUAAUAAGUGUUGUUGCUGAAUCAACUGCGAGAUUCAAAUGUCUUCACAAAAAUGAACCGGAGUUGACAAUUGACGAGAAGCGAACAAUUGCUAGUAAAUUAUUGCAUAGAAGUCCGGACCAGUUUCUCGCACGGUUUGGUAAAUUUUUGAAUAAUGACCUGUUGAAAUAUUUUGAGACUGAUGACAUUAACUAUGGCGUUGCUCAUUACGUUAAUAAGUUACGAAGGUAUUUUAAUAACGCUAGUAGAGAAUUAGAUACGAAAAAUAGAAGAUACGAAGCUUUGAAGCUGUUAGUUGAAAAAGGAGAGUAUUUUAGUGAGACUGCAAUGAUGAGACGCAAUCCGUUGCUCUAUCAAAAUUUAGUUGGUCAGUAUCUCACUGAAAAACAAAAGAAAGAGAGAGACAAUGCUGACACUGACAAUGAUGACAAAACUUUUUUGGACGUCCUGAUGCAGGGAAUUGAGCGUGAUCAUAUUGAGAAACUAAUGAAGAGGCAAGAAGAUGCUGAGAACGAAGUGAUGGAGGAAAAUGACUCUGAUUCUGAGUCUGGUGAUGAAGAUUGCAAGCUUAAAGAGAAACCUGAUCUCGUUAAGGAUAAUUGUCAGUGGGGAGAGUUGCCUGAUGGUGGAAAAAUAUCUUGCAGUAAAACUACAUCAGGAAAUUAUUCUGAUGAAAUAGAAACCGAAAACCCUGGAAAUAAAUUGAAAGGAAAAGAAAAAAAUAUUAAAACUAAGGAAAUAAAUAUUUUACAAAAGUACUUCGACUCGGAGUCACCGGAAUUGAUUAAUUCCCCGAAUGUCAACCAAUUCCAAGAUGAGUCCGAGGAUGAAUUGGAUAAAUAUAUGAACUCCUUGAAGGUAUCAUUAUUUUUUUCUCAGCCAAUGACGCCUGUAAUGUCGGGACUGGAGGAGCAGGAGAAGCUACUCGAGGAUGCUAUUGGGGUAGUCAAGGUCCAGGCAUUUCAGAUGAAGCACUGCUUAGACAACGCUAAACUCAUGGAUGCUCUGAAACACGCCUCUACAAUGCUAGGCGAACUCAGGACGUCGCUUUUGAGUCCUAAAAGUUACUACGAAUUAUAUAUGGCAAUAACUGAUGAGUUAAGACACUUGGAAUUGUAUUUACUUGAUCAAUAUCAAAAAGGAAAGAAAGUUACAGAUUUAUAUGAAUUAGUACAAUACGCGGGAAAUAUUGUCCCUCGUUUAUAUUUGCUCAUUACUGUUGGGCUAGUUUACAUUAAGACAAAUCCAUGCUUGAAGAGAGAUCUACUGAGAGAUUUAGUUGAAAUGUGCCGUGGAGUCCAGCACCCUUUGCGUGGUUUAUUUUUACGGAAUUAUCUACUGCAAUGUACGCGAAACAUUCUGCCAGAUGUUAUUGAAGGAGAUGAUGAGGAGGGAACUGUUCGCGACAGCAUUGAUUUCGUGCUGAUGAACUUUGCUGAAAUGAAUAAACUGUGGGUGAGAAUGCAACACCAAGGUCACAGCCGCGAUAAAGAGCGACGUGAACGGGAACGAGAGGAGCUUAAAAUUCUUGUUGGGACUAAUCUAGUGAGAUUAUGCCAACUCGAGUCUGUGACACUUGAAAUUUAUAAGAAACUUGUGUUGCCGGGAAUAUUGGAGCAAGUUGUCAGCUGUCGAGAUGCUAUUGCUCAAGAAUAUCUUAUGGAAUGUAUUAUUCAGGUGUUUCCCGAUGAAUUUCAUUUACAAACGUUGAAUGCAUUUUUAAAAUCCUGUGGAGAGUUACGUAAUGGUGUUAAUGUCAAAAACAUAAUUAUAUCGUUAAUUGAUCGUCUCGCUACAUUCAGCCAACGAUCAGACGGUGUAGGAGGGCCUGGAAGUCCUAGCCAAGCUCCAGGAAUCCCACAAGACGUUCAAUUGUUUGAUGUAUUCAGCGACCAGGUCGCUACAAUUAUUGAGAUAAGGCAAGAUAUGCCACCGGAGGAUAUUGUUUCAUUGCAAGUAGCAUUGAUAAACUUGGCCCAUAAAUGUUAUCCAGAUCGUGUUGAUUAUGUGGACAAAGUAUUAUUUACAACUGUACAAAUUUUCAAGAAGUUAAAUGUGGAAAAGCUGGAAUUCAACAGCGCUGUUUCGAGAGAGUUAUCCAGACUGAUGAAAAUACCUGUUGACAAUUACAAAAAUAUAUUAACAGUUUUAAAAUUAGAAAAUUAUGCGCCUCUUCUAGAGUACUUUGACUUUGAAGGAAGAAAAUUGUUGGCUGUUUAUAUUAUUACAAAUAUAUUGGAUAAUGAAACUAUGAUACCCAGUCAAGAGCACGUAGACUCGGUUUUGUCAAUGAUUGCACCCCUUGUCCAAGACCAACCGGACCAGCCGAAUAUUGAAGAAGAUCCCGAAGACUUUGCUGAAGAGCAGGGCCUCCUUGGUCGUCUUAUUCAUCACUUCAAAUCCGACACUGCCGAUCAACAGUAUUUAAUUCUAAGCGCCGCAAGAAAACACUUCAGCGCUGGAGGAAACAAAAGAAUUAAAUAUACUCUUCCGGCGAUUGUUUUUCAGGCUUAUCAACUUGCUUUUACUUACAAAGCCAUCAAAGAUCAAGACGAAAUGUGGCAAAAAAAGUGUCAAAAAAUAUUCCAGUUUUGUCAUACAUCAAUUACAGCUCUAAUGAAAGCUGAACUUGCAGAACUACCGCUAAGAUUGUUCCUUCAAGGGGCGUUGGCUAUCGGAGAAAUUCGCUUCGACAAUUUUGAAAUGGUCGCGUAUGAAUUUAUGAGUCAAGCUUUCUCGAUUUACGAAGACGAGAUAAGCGACUCCAAAGCUCAAUUAGCUGCAAUAACAUUGAUAAUUGCAACGUUCGAACAAAUGAGUUGCUUUAGUGAAGAAAAUGCUGAGCCAGUGAGAAAUCAAUGUGCUCUGUACGCAAGUAAAUUACUAAGAAAACCAGAUCAGUGUCGUGGAGUAGCUACUUGCUCUCACAUAUUUUGGUCAGGAAAAUCUUUAGCCACUGGCGGGAAAGAGAUGCAAGACGGGAACAAAGUUCUUGAUUGCUUGAAAAAGGGGAUCCGAAUCGCCAGUCAGUGUAUGGACACAUCUGUUCAAGUACAACUUUAUGUGGAAUUGCUAAACCAUUAUAUUUAUUUCUAUGAAAAGGGAAAUUCUUCUGUGACGGUGCAAAUUCUCAAUCAAGUAAUAGCAAAAAUAAAAGAAGAAUUACCGAAUUUAGGAGUUAGCGAAGAGACGGAACAAAUUCAAAAACAUUUGGCUAAUACGUUAGAACAUUUGAAAAAUAGAAUGAAACUUUCAGAGUCUGAGGCACUUAUACAAGCGUACAACGAUCUUGUUUUAUAA